AUACAAGGGUAAUUGUUAGUUGGCAUUGUUAUUAAUGCUUCCAUAAUCUAUAAUGAGUCAAGCCCAUGUCCUGAGUUAGUGAGAGAGAUACAGACAGAUCGAAAGGGAUAGGGAAGACACUAAAAGUUAACCGAAACAAGAUAAUACGUUAUUUAUGCUAAAUAACUCUUAUAAAGAGGCACUAAACACACAACACCCAUUCCCACAAAAUAUAUUUAAAAAGCAUCAGUGUAUCAUUUUUUUUCAAAUCUCUUUCUUCUUUCUAUCUGUUUCCUCUCAUGGAACUUCUCACAGCACUCUAUCUCUUUCCUGUCUUGUACAUCGCUUACCUUCUCUGCAAGCGGGUCAUUAAAAAGAGGGAUCAAUGCUGCUACAUGCUUCACUACGAGUGCUUCAAGCCUCCGGAAGAUAGGAAGCUAAGCACUGAAUCGUGUGCCAGCAUCGUAUUCCGUAAUAAAAGACUCCGUAUAGAGGAAUUUAGGUACCUGUUGAAAACCAUGGUGAGUUCUGGCAUUGGAGAGUCAACUUACUGUCCCAAAAAUGUCCUUGAAGGUAGAGAAGCAAGUCCUACUCUUACUGAUUCCCUGGAGGAGAUGGAUGAAAUCAUCUUUGCAACACUUGACAAGCUAUUUGAUAAAUCAGGGAUAUCCCCAACAGAUGUUGAUAUCCUCAUCGUCAACGUCUCCUUGCUAGCUACAAUCCCCUCCCUCACAUCCCGGGUUGUUAACCGUUACAAGAUGCGGCACGACAUUAAGACGUUUAAUGUCACGGGAAUGGGUUGUAGUGCAAGCCUCAUUGCCAUUGAUAUGGUCCAGCAACUGUUUAAAGUACACAAGAAUAUGAAUGCUAUUAUUGUUAGCACUGAAUCCAUGGGAACAAACUGGUACACGGGCAGAGACCGAUCCUUCAUGCUCUCCAACUGCCUGUUCCGCACAGGGGGUUGCUCGAUGCUCUUCUCAAACAACAGACAUUUGAAACAUCGUGCUAUCAUCAAGCUCAACUACUUAUUGAGAACCCACCUUGGAGCAGACGAUGCGGCAUACAAGUGUUGCUUUCAAAAAGAAGACGAUGAGGGGUACCCUGGAUUUUGUCUCACUAGGCACCUCCCAAAGGCAGCUGCUCAAGCCCUUACUGAGAAUCUUAAGGUGCUAGUGCCUAGGAUCAUACCUCUUUGGGAGCUAAUCCGGUAUUUUAUUGUAUCUAGUUGUUGGACAAAGGGUGAACUUGAAAAAGCUGGGAAAGGAUUGAAUUUCAAGGCUGGUAUUCAACACUUCUGCAUACAUCCAGGUGGUAGAGCAGUUAUUGAUAGUACUGGAAAAGGAUUGCAGCUCAGUGAUUAUGAUUUGGAACCUGCUAGGAUGACACUACACAGAUGGGGGAAUACCUCAGCCGCUGGCUUCUGGUAUGUUCUGGGUUACAUGGAGGCUAAAAAGAGACUCAAGAAAGGCGAUAAGAUUCUCAUGAUCAGUCUUGGGGCAGGAUUCAAGUGCAACAAUUGUUUGUGGGAGGUAAUGCGGGAUUUGAAGGACAGGAAUGCCUGGGAUGACUGCAUAGAUGAAUACCCUGCGGAAAAAAUUGUAAAUCCUUUCAUGGCAAGGUACAGCUGGAUCAACGAUGAAGUACUAAGUUUCGUUAGACUGAACUAGACAGGAAAAAUCAACAAUAUUGUUAGCAUUUUAUGUUGCUCUUAAUCUUUAAUUUUAAUUGUCUUUCCUUUUGAGAAGUUUAGGUUCACAGCAAAAUUGUUGGUUAUAAGACCAUCCUAUUCUGGUUAUAGGUCCAUGUAAUUCUUACACUAUUUUGAUUUUUUUGAAAUCACCCCUACCCCCACAUAAAAAAGAGAAAAAAGUCAUUGAUUGGUUUUA